CACAAGAGAGGCAUCCAACCCACUUUGAAGCUUUUCCUCUCUUUCUUCCGUCCCCACAAGUAUGAUGGCGAGUUGGGCCGGGGGUUCGUGAGCUUCACGGCCCGGACCGAUAUGCAGUUUUUGGAUAGCCCGGUCGACAAACUUGACGAUUGGUUCCGCCGCUUCUUCGUGGUGGUAGUUCCCGAAGAUCUUCCCUUCCCCAACAUGUGGCGGAAGAAGGAAGAUAAGUUCCCUUCUCACCUUUUUCCCCCUCGCGACUCGAAGCUCGAGGGGGUCUUCCGUCUUCUUCGCAAGAACGGCCAUCUGGUCCCCCGCGCGCUCCUCCUCAAGGACUCGUAUUUUCGGGGUCUCGGGUAUUGGGUGUCUCCCGAUAUCCCUCUCCAGGAGCCUUCGGGAAACACUACUUCUUCCUGGGUUCCUCCCUUUAGGGUCACUCGAACCCGUCGGGCUUCGCGGCGGUCCUCGCGACGAGAUCCUUCCCCGGAGGAGGACACCGAAGGCGAAGAAACGGAGUCCGUGACUGGGGCACAGCCUCUAUCAUUGGUCGAGCGUCCUCCCUUUUCGGGAGAGGUGGUGGUUCAGGACGUCUCUGACGAGGAUGGCCUCUAUGACUUUUCUCCUGGGACCCUGAGGGGACCCCAUCUUAUCCCCGGCGUUCCUCACCUUCCUCUCUUUGGUAGGGGAACUUCUUCUUCGGCUCAGCCCAGGGGCCCACUAGGUUUCCACCCCCAAACCGGUGGGACCCUUCCGACUGGGCGCGCCACUGGUUCGCAAGGGUCCCUUGAGCCGCCUCACGUUCAGGUGGCCGGAUUGGGAUUCCGUGCAGCACUGAAUCUCCUUGGGAAUAUUCCCCCUCCUCUGGCUGAGACCGGGUCUUCCUCUUCUUCUCAGGUCCGCCACAAGAGGGGCCGGAACUCCACCCCUCUCCCCGGUUCUCUGGUGUCCGCCGGUCCUCCCAUGGGGACCGCCGAUGAUGAGUUUCUCAUUGGGCAAGGGAGUCAACCCUUUCCCUAUGCCCGGGAGGCCUAUCAGUUCACAGGAUACACGUCCUGGGUAGGACGGGACUUCAACAACAAGCUUCAAGAAAUACAACAGCUCAAGAGGGACCAUCCUGACGUGGUCCACAGCCCGGCCUGGCCAUUUAUGCAGGAGGAGUAUACUCGUAUGCGCCAUUCCCUUCGCCUAUUGGACCGCAAUGCUGCUUUAUCAAAGGAGCUGAGGGAUUUCAAAUCUCGGCACUCUAUCUGCGUUGAGCGUCCGGAAUAUGAUCGGGUUUUGUCCGAGAACGAUCAGCUCCACUCGGACCGUGAGCGGCUUGCGGCCAAGAUAGGCCUUCUUGGUCGCGGGCUGAUCACCAAGGACCCUCCCAACACCUUCGGGAGUCCUAAACUUGAGGCACAGGUGCUCAAGGGAUAGUGCACCUCCCAAGUCCUCUAGCCCAGGCCUCCCUAAGAUGGCAUUGUGAGCGCAUUUGAUGUCGACCACUACAAAAUCCAUCCUCAUAUGCCUCACCUUAGGAUGCUCGCCUAUGAUGAUGUCCAAUUUAAUGGACCCUUCCGGUUCAAUUAUAUCUCCAGUGAAGCCGGACAAGGGCAUGUUAAG